UGGGAGCCGUCUUUAUGAUGUAGGGCGAAACCCAGGCGCCGGUCUAAAUGAGCGUCCUAAUCAGUCGCAGUACCCACUUCUCUCCUUACAGAGAGAGCAGUAUUGGCUGUUGCUGUGCUGGGGGGCUUUCUGACUGGUGCCUGGGGGCGGGCGGUGGAGGGGGGUGGGAGGAGGGAGGAAGGAGAGUUGGCUGGUUUGGGAACAGCUCCUCUGGAGUCGCUUUUUUUUUUUUUUGGAGGGGCUGGCUUCCCCCAAACCCCCCCCCCCGUUGCCAGACGCCGCAGACAGCUGGCCAAGGCGCGGAGGUGCGCCUGGGGCUGGCGGUCGCGGAGAGGGGAGGCAGCGCCGGGCGGGGCCCGCUGGGCUGCGGAACAGAUCCCGCCCCUGCCCGCGCCCGGCGGCUGGCACCCAGGGAGGGGGGAAGCCGAGUGACCGCCGGAGCGGCGACCAUCCCGGACCUCAAAGUCCAAUCGGCAGCCCGGGACUCGAACCCCCCGCAGCUGCCCAGGAGCACCCAAGUUCCGCGCCCAAGUCGCUGGGCUCCUGGAGCUUCACGAGCCUCCUGGUGGGGGUGGUGUGGUGCCCUCUGCAAGGUGCGGGCUUGAGAGGGGACCUGCAUUGACCCCCACACACCCCCAUCCCCACCCCGCGGUGGCCGGCCGGGAAAAGUGGGGACGCGGAGACCCGCGGGGAGCGCAGAGCUCGGGGCCCCGCAGCCGCUGUCCCCGCCUGGGUGAGUGAGUGCGGGCUGCGCUCCCGCGUCUCCACCGCGUCUGCAGGCGGGGGCGGCCGGGGGGCCCGGAGGGUAGGCUGCGGGGCCCUCAGGGACUCGUGUCUCCAGUCCCGAGCCCCGGACGCUGAUCCCACAGUGCUGGGGGUGCGGGGCGGGGUGGGGGCAGACAUGCCUCGGGGCGGGAUUUGGGCCACCCGCUAGGAGGCUGCGGCGCGGCAGGGGGAGCGGGGAGCCGCUCCCGGGGGAGGGGGGCGGGCGAUCUGGGAGCAGCUCCGGGGUUAGGCGAGGAGGGGUCAGUCCCCAGCAGGUAGCGAAGCCUCAGCGCUCCGGCCACUCGGGCAGGUGCGGUGGGACCCGCUUGGCAACUCCCUGCUUGCGGGAAGCGGCCGCCGGGGGAGCGCUGCGGGAAGCCGGGCGGGCGGCCCGGGAUGAGGGGGCCGAGGGCCAGGUAGCGCGCCCCGGGGAGCUCCGAGGCCCGGGUGCACCCAGCAGCUGCUCCCCGCGGUCCUCCGGCCUUGAGCGCCCAAAGCACUUUCUGACACUCAGCUUGGAGAGGUGGUAGUGGUGGUGGGGAGCGAGACUCUGUCCGGGGGGGAGGCCAGGAAGCCCAGGGAGCGGCGUGGGGAGGGAGAGGGAGAGAGAGAGAGAGAGAGAGAGAGAGAGAGAGAGAGAGAGAAAGCUGCUACCUGCUGGGGAGACAACCCUCCCCCCCAACCCCCAACCAAGCCCCCCUCCAGCCCCCCAAAGCGCGCUCGCUUUGCACACUCCCCCCCAGCCCCGCCUCCCCCGCCCCCACCUUCUCGCUGCCGGUCUGCAGCCCUUCACUUCGCCUUUGAAUCUGGCUCGUCCCUGCAUAUUAUGUCUGCAAUCCGAAGGAAAUUUGGGGACGAUUACCAGGUAGUGACCACCUCGUCCAGCGGCGCGGGCUUGCAGCCCCAGGGGCCCGGCCAGGGAGCGCAGCAGCUGGUGCCCAAGAAGAAGCGGCAGCGGUUCGUGGACAAGAACGGCAGGUGCAAUGUGCAGCACGGCAACCUGGGCAGCGAGACCAGCCGCUACCUCUCGGACCUCUUCACCACCCUGGUGGACCUCAAAUGGCGCUGGAACCUCUUCAUCUUCAUCCUCACCUACACGGUGGCCUGGCUUUUCAUGGCGUCCAUGUGGUGGGUGAUCGCCUACACCCGGGGCGACCUGAACAAAGCCCACGUCGGCAACUACACCCCCUGCGUGGCCAAUGUCUACAACUUCCCGUCCGCCUUCCUCUUCUUCAUCGAGACCGAGGCCACCAUCGGCUAUGGCUACCGCUAUAUCACCGACAAGUGCCCCGAGGGCAUCAUCCUCUUCCUCUUCCAGUCCAUCCUGGGCUCCAUCGUGGACGCCUUCCUCAUCGGUUGCAUGUUCAUCAAAAUGUCCCAGCCCAAGAAGCGCGCCGAGACGCUCAUGUUCAGCGAGCACGCGGUCAUCUCCAUGAGGGACGGGAAACUCACGCUCAUGUUCCGGGUGGGCAACCUGCGGAACAGUCACAUGGUCUCGGCGCAGAUCCGCUGCAAGCUGCUCAAAUCUCGGCAGACACCUGAGGGUGAGUUCCUGCCCCUUGACCAACUUGAACUGGAUGUAGGUUUUAGCACAGGGGCCGAUCAACUUUUUCUUGUUUCCCCCCUCACGAUCUGCCACGUGAUCGAUGCCAAAAGCCCCUUCUAUGACUUAUCCCAGAGGAGCAUGCAGACUGAACAGUUUGAGAUUGUCGUCAUCCUCGAAGGCAUUGUGGAAACAACUGGGAUGACUUGUCAAGCUCGAACUUCAUAUACUGAAGAUGAAGUUCUCUGGGGUCAUCGUUUCUUCCCUGUAAUUUCCUUAGAAGAAGGAUUCUUUAAAGUUGAUUACUCCCAGUUCCAUGCAACAUUUGAAGUCCCCACCCCACCUUACAGUGUGAAAGAACAGGAGGAGAUGCUUCUUAUGUCAUCACCUUUAAUAGCACCAGCCAUAACUAACAGCAAAGAAAGACAUAAUUCUGUGGAGUGCUUAGAUGGACUUGAUGACAUGAGUACAAAACUCCCAUCUAAGCUGCAAAAAAUCACUGGAAGAGAAGACUUCCCCAAAAAACUCUUAAGGAUGAGCUCUACAACUUCCGAAAAAGCCUACAGCUUAGGAGAUUUGCCCAUGAAACUUCAACGAAUCAGUUCAGUUCCUGGCAACUCAGAAGAGAAACUGGCAUCUAAGACCACCAAGAUGCUGUCCGACCCCAUGAGCCAGUCAAUGGCUGAUUUGCCACCAAAGCUUCAAAAGAUGGCUGGAGGAGCAGUGAGGAUGGAAGGGAAUCUUCCGGCCAAAUUAAGGAAAAUGAACUCUGAUCGCUUCACAUAGCAAUCAUCCCCCAUUUAGGCAUGAGCUACUGUUUGAUUUGAUUAUAAUCCCGUCUUUGGCCGAUGAGGUCAUCAUCCUCUCUAAGGAAUCAGAAAGGUUCAUUGUUCCCACCAAUCAUAUAUGCAUAUUUAAGGACCUUCCUUGCCAAGCAAGAGUGGCUAUCAUGCAGAAAGCAAAUAUUAUGGUGGGAGGGCAUCAGAAAGCAAUUUUUAUUGAUUGGCAUGUAUUAUCACAUCAAGCAUGCAAUAAUGUGCAUAUUUUGCAUUUAGUUUUAUGGCAUGAUUUAUAUAUGGUAUAUUUAUAUUGUAUAUUCUGGAAAAUAUAUAUAUAUAUAUAUAUUUAAAGGAGUGGCACUCUCCAUGACAUUUCUAACAUAUGUAUCAAGCCAAACAUGAGUGGAUAGCUUUCAGGGUGAUAAAAUUGUAUAUAUGAAUAUAUGUGAAUAUAUAUAUGAAUAUAUGUGUAUAUAUUCACAACACAUAUAUACACAUACACAUAUAUCUGAUAAAAUUGUGUUUUGUUCAAAGUUGUAGUUUUGUGCAUGUUUAUUAGGUUAGGAAGGCUUCUGGCAUUAUUAAUACCAAAUAUUUUAGCCUUAAAUUAUUUGUUAUUUUAAAACCUGAGUUCAUGUUUUUCUGCUGUUUAAGGUCCUGGGAAGUUCUCAACUGUACUUUAUAUGAGGGAAUUAUACAAGUUUGUGCUGUUUAUUGCCCUGAAACAAAAAUGCAACUAUUAUAUCUCUAACUUAGCACCACAGAUACAUUGAAAAUUCCUUAUGAUUUUUAAAUGUUGUGAUUACAGGGAAAAUACAUGCUAAUUACUUUGACAAUUCAUCCUUUCGUAGACUAAUUAAGCUUUGGAAAUCUGUUUUAUAUACUAACUAGUACAAAUAUGAGCUCUGAACAAAUGCUGAGUAAUCAUACUAGUCAGUAGCCAAGUUAUCUUGAAUUUAUCAUCAUCUGUAUAAAAUUAUGUAAUGAUCCCUGUGUUAAAUUAAGUCAGCUGGCUACAUUUUAUUCUUUUCCUGAAAUUUCUUCUAUUUAAAAAGAAAACCUCGUUAUUUGUCCUUACGGAGACACAAUAAUACACUGAAACAGGUGAUCGAUAUUCACACUUAACGUUUGUAUGUAAAUUUAAGUGUGACCUUUCUAUGCCUUUCUCUUCUUUGUGGCAUUUAUUGUAACAAGACAGGUUUUUGUUUUGUUUUUGCUUUUGUUUUUCCUCACUUAGAAACCUAUCCCACCCAAGGUCUGUCUCUUAGUUCAGGAGGAAUACCCAAGGAAAAUUACCAUGAAAUAGAUUAAAGAUAUCAUUUUUAAGUAAACAAUGAUUCUGUUGGUGUCUUGUCCUAUGGAAUAAUUUUGGUAAUACUAUUUUUCUAACCCUGAGGUCUAAUACUUAUGACUUGUUGUUGGGAAUAAAACUGUUGCUUAGUAGAACACUUACAAAAUGAAAAUUUGGAAUGCAAAGAUUUUUAUAAAAAAUUUAUACUUUCUCCUUAGCAUGGAUUUUCCUAUGGGGGGGAGGGGGCAUAUCAGUCUGUUUGCCCUGAAUUCAUCCAUUUUCUCUCAUUAAUAUGUAACUUCUUAAUGUCUGUUUUGGAUUCUGGUUAUGUCCCAGAUUUUAGAAUCCUAUAACGAUUUUCUUAUUGGGAAAUUAUCGCAUCAACAAUUCUACCAUUGACUUCAAUAACACCUCUGGCUACCUCUGUAUCAACCAAAUUCUGUAGGUGCACACAAAAGCCAGGGAAUAGCUACUGGCAAGAUGAUCAACCUUGAGCAUCCAUCCACUGUGAAGAGAGCUGGUUGUCCUGUCCCUCUGUCUCUACACUGUCUGAUUUAUUGCAGGAUUUAGGAAAUAAAAUAAGGAGCAAAGAGAGAAGGGGGUCAAGGAGACAUAGUGUCUUUGCUAGCAGUGGAAGAAACUAUACAGAUCAUUUGGUCCAACCACUUAAGAGUAACUAGAGCCAUGAUUUAAUUUGGAGAAUAAUUUAAAUUUAUCUUUCAUGCCAAGAAGAAGUAUGGAUCCAAAAUCAAAGUCUCUGAAUGUAUUUAUUCACACACUCAAUAAAAUGUUGGCAUGUUUUCUAUGUCCUCCACACUUUCAGUUCCUAGGAAUUUGGAUCUGACAAGAUCAGAGGAGCUCACUUUGCCUUUGAGCACUCUAUGAGUAGAAAUGUGGAGAGGAGUCACUGUGAUUUAAUGCAAUCCCCAUCCAAGUCCUACGGAAUAUCUUUGAGGGAAUUGAAUUAAUGUUCCAAAAGUUUAUCUGGAGCCAGCAAAUACUCAGAGUCACCCAUGCAAUCCUGACGGGGGGUGGGGAGGAGCCUGAAAACUGAGGCAGUGGCUUCAGGUCAUCACUAUUUCAGUUAAGGGAGGGAAGACAGGGUAACACAAACGAUGUGAGCAGUAGGGGUAGAUAGCAUAAUGGUUAUGAAAAGAGACUCUCAUGUUUGAUGUCCCAGGUUCAACUGCCAGCACCACCAUUAGCCAGAGCUGAUCAGAAUCAUUUAAAAAAUAAGAAGAAAAAAGAAAAAAAAAAGAAUUGGAAUUGAUCAUUUUAGAAGAGGUGACUGACUUCAAGACGGUGAUCAUCGAAUCAGUCUCUCCCAGACAGACGAGAAAGAACCACUGUUGCCAAAUGGAGUUCUGUUAUUCGUGAAUGUCGUUUUUUUAUCUUUCUCAUAUGUAAAUGGGAGAGGUGUGACUUCUGCAUGUAAUUGCAGCUUAGCCCCUAUUACUAAGUUUGACCGUAGGUUCAAGUUUACAGGAAGAGUUCCAGUUUAUACCUGUUGUACCUGUGUAAUUACUAACAGCACUCCCUUCUACUCUUAGAAUGUCCUGCUUUGGAUGAUAUAUUAUAUGAUGACUCUACAUUUUGUCGAAACUAACUAAAUUACGAAGUCUGAUAUAUUUGGAUAAAAAAUAAAGAUUUGCUUUUUUUCU